UGAAGUAUAGGAGUGGAGAAGAGCGCAUGUGCGGUAGCCACCCGCGACUGCGCUUUGAGUCCAUCGGUCACGUUCUUAUCAAUUUGGGUGUACACCAAAGCUCCACGUUUUAUCUUAAUUCAACACUCAAUUUGUGUGCUGGUAAUCUUUGACUGUCUCAUAAAAUGACCGUGAAAUUAUAUUAAACGUACAAGUGCAGUAGGGGGCCAAAUUAGAUUAUAGUGUUUCUGAUGUUCCACCGUAUCGGCAGAUUUGUGUUGUUAAUACUCCUCAUUUCCCUUGACUCCAAGGACUGUUCCGCCAGUGCACAAUAUGAUACUGGUAACAAAAUAUCACUCAACAGUGUUCAAGCCUGGGCUGUCAAGCUUGGCACGGAACUUUAUCACUUCGGCGAGUUCAUCACUAGAAAGAAAGAGGUUCAGGAUAGUUUCAAGUCGGCGCAAAUUGAAUCGAGAGAUGGCGAGAAGUUAGUGCAGAGUAUGGCAGAUGAUAUCCGCGCCAUGAUGGAAUUAAAAAUCAGCGCAGUCAAGAGAAUAGUGGAGGCCGCUGAGAACAUGGCAUUCGAUAAACAAAAUGAAGUAGUACCUGAAGACUUUCAGUUCUACAACAGCAAAGAAAUGGAAGAACCCUACGAUGAAUUAACGAUGAUAACCACAACGCCAGAACCCGAUUUCAAUCUAGAAAAUUGGAUAGUUCGUCCACCAAGUAAAAGUGCUCAUAUGCAACAGAAUCCCCACUUUUCCAAUAUACCGGUCAACAUUAACUUUAGUAGUGUUCAUGUACCUACCAACGUCUAUGCCUGGGCGCCUGAAGUCAUUAAAGGCAUCCAUUGGUCGGAGGGAUUGGACACGCAUUUCAUUAACAAUUAUCAAAGUGACCCGACACUGUCAUGGCAAUAUUUUGGAAGUUCUUCUGGAUUCAUGAGACAUUAUCCUGCAAUGAAAUGGAGGGCAGAUCCUGUUGAUAUUUAUGAUUGUCGGACGAGGGCCUGGUAUAUGGAGGCGGCGGCCAGUCCUAAAGACGUGGUCGUGUUAGUCGAUCGCAGCGGAUCUAUGACCGGCCAACGGCGAGACAUCGCCAAGCAUGUGGUCACCAACAUUCUGGACACACUGGGCAACAAUGACUUUGUUAACGUUAUGACAUUUGCUGACACGGUCGAGGAAAUUGUUGAAUGCUUUGAAGAUUCUUUAGUGCAAGCAACUCUAGGAAACAUACGGGAGUUAAAGUUAGCGUUAGAUAAUUUUGAAACUACAGAAAUAGCAAAUUUUUCCGCAGCGUUAACGAGAGCUUUUACGCUUCUUGAAAUGUAUAGGAAUAACAGCGGCGGUGCGAAUUGUAACCAGGCAAUAAUGCUGGUUACUGACGGCGUACCGUACAAUUAUAAGGAGAUCUUCGAGGAGUUCAACUGGAAGUACAACACGCCCGUGCGCGUGUUCACGUACCUGAUAGGGCGCGAGGUAAAGGUAGCAGAUGUGAGGGAGGUGAAGUGGAUGGCGUGCGCAAACCGCGGUUUCUACGUGCAUCUAAGCACGUUAGCGGAGGUGAGGGAGCGUGUGUUGGAGCACGUCAACGUGUUAGCUCGGCCGCUGGUGCUGCAGAGAGAGAAACAUCCCGUCGUUUGGACGCCCGUUUAUGCUAACAUUACUGAUCCGAAGGUCGCUGAUUACUUAUGGGAACAACGGGAGAGAGCAGAGCAAAAGGAACGCUUCCUCAGUCAGAAAAGGGACAAAGUUCUCUUUAAUUCGGAGAAAGAACAGGAUCGAAGGUGGCGGAUAACACAGAUGAAACAAGGUCAGUACAGCGAACUGGGUAACUCUCAGUACCAACUGAUGACUUCGGUCUCCAUGCCGGUCUACGAUCUGCGUCACAACGAGAACAUCACAGAGAAUGUACUGAUAAAUGAAGCUUACUGGGUAUCAGUUACAAAAGAGUCCGUAGAGGAGAACGGCCAGAAAGAGAUGAGAAUUGCGAAGCUAUUAGGCGUCGCGGGAACAGAUGUCCCACUUUCGGAAAUACAAGCAUUGAUGACUCCAUACAAGAUCGGCGUGAACGGGUAUGCAUUCAUUGUGACGAACAACGGCUACGUUCUUAUUCAUCCAGAUUUAAGGCCCGUAUUUCAGCAGAUCUUAAAACCGAGUUACAACAGCGUAGAUAUGUUAGAAAUUGAAUUAUUCGACGACGACCGAGGUCCGAGAAACUUUAGCAGAGAAUUAACAGCGUUGAGAAAGGAAGUAAUUGAUCAGAAAACGGGGAAUAAAGCUAUGAACGUUAAAUAUCAUUUAGAUGAUAUGAAACGCGUAUCUCGCGCGAGAAGACAUAUGUAUUGGACCGGCAUCAGUGACUCCCCCUUCACACUGGUGGUGACCAUCCCUGAGGGUUACGGCCGCCAUCGCGUUACACCGCCUCCCACUGACGACAUCCACCGACUCUCGCUAACCUCUAAAAAUGUAUCCGCCAGACAAUAUCUCUCUGAUAAAUGGAGCGUUCACCCAGACUGGCUUUAUUGUCGACACUAUGAACGUACUUUCUCAACUCCGGAAGAAGAAUUGCUGUAUUUCUUGGAGCGAGUGGCCAAGCCGGGCUGGCGCUGGCCCGCAAAGCCACGCCCACCUGAACACCACAAGAACAAACCUGGCCAUGAGAAGCAUACUAACGGGACUCCAGACGCCAAGGAGAGGAACAAAGCAUCGAAUACGACGCCACGAGUGGAAUAUUAUUGUGAUCACGGACUAAUGCAGGCUUUGGUAUACGACGCAAGAAACACCGCCUGGUUCAAUAAGAGCAUUUCUGAUUCGGCGUCAGAUGAGAAAGCAGCGGAAUUCAUCCAACGUUUCGGGUACAUAGUGGCGUUCCUCGCGACUCAUAGUGGCCUCACGCGCUGGCAGACACACCCGCCCAGGGAACACGAACCCGACAAACCAGAGUUCGGCAAGCAGUUCCCUCGUGCGAUAGACGAGGUGUGGUACCGUCGUGCGGUUGAGCAGCAUUAUGCUGAGCCGUUGAGCUACGUAUACAGUGUACCGUUGAGCACGCCGCGCGCGCCGCUUAAUGUGAGCGCGGCACUAGUGACGGCCGCUCACGCCGUGCUGCAUGGUGAAGGACACCGCAAAGCUCCCGCCGCCGUCGUAGGCUUCCAGUUCAAACACGAACGACUCAGCGAGUGGUUCGAGAACAUCACCUCAUCGUGUGAACACAACAAGGAGUGCGUGACGUGCCUGUCCGACAACUGGGACUGCUACCUGGUGGACAGUAAUGGCUGGAUCAUUGUCAGCGAGGACCCCUCGCAGACCGGACAGUUCUUUGGCAAAUUCAGGCCAGACAUAAUGCUGCGUCUGGUGGAGGACGAGGUGUACCGCACGGUGCACAUCGUCGACUACCAGGCGGUUUGCUUCCGCGAGAAGAACACCACUAAUCCAGCAUCGAUUUUAAUAACGCCUUUAGAAAACCUGCGAUUGAUUUUAGCAUGGUUUAUAACAACCACAAUCUGGACAUACAACUCUAUUAGUUCAACUUUAGCGCAGGCAUCGAGUUACUCAUUUGAUGACGAGUAUGUAACACCCACCGUCGCGUACCAGAAUUACGAGAACGAUGAGGAUACUGACGACCCGUACAUGUCGCGGCAACCUUCUAGAAUCAUGGAAAGAGAUUUCGAAAAGUUGGUCCUUAUAAACCGGACAAGACCAACGCCUUGCGAUCGAGAAAUGUUCCUCUACCAAUUGGAAUACAAAAAUAUAGACGAGAAAUUAAAUAGACCUGUCAAAGAUUGUGAGAGACCAUUCUACGCUCAGCUGGUGAAUUAUACAAAUAUGUUGUUGAUAGUCGUUGAUGCGAUGUGCCCUAAAGUUGAGGCGUCCAUUUUAUCGAUAGAGCCCUCCGAAGUGCAAUACAAUGAAUCUCUGCCGUGUUUGAAACAUAAGCAUCCGCUUUACAGACGACAACCGACAUCGUGUAUAAGAAAUCAUACUGAAGAAAGCAACAUAGAUAUGUGCGGUCGCGGCAGUCUGCCUCAGAAGAACUUAUUCUGGUUACCAUUAGUUGCUUUAAUGUUGUAUAGUUAUUUAACGUAAAUGCAGAUUUAAAACAAAAACUGAUACAAAAUAGAAAAAAAUCGAUAUUUACAAAUGUAUUAGCAA